AUGUCGGAAGCAACGAUUAUGUCUGUGAAUGAUCAGACAAUCAAACUUGAACCACCAGAAUAUUCAAUGGAAGACGUUAAACGUGAAACUGAUGAUAAAUUUAAUUAUGUAGAUGUUAUUGUGAAGUCUGAAUCGUGUCCUAAAAAUGAUGAAACAUGUCUGGAAAGAUUUAUGAAUUCCGAAGUGACGAUAGAGGUAGAAGUCAAGCAGGAGUUAAUCGAGACACCCACUGAUGAACAUGACAUUUGUAAUAAAUCAUUUUCUGAAUCGAAUGAUUCAAAAGAGCACAUGGUAGAUCACAAACUCAGUUGUAACGAAGAAAGCAUCCAUAAGUGUGAUAUAUGUCAUAAAUCAUUUAAACAAAGUUCAAUUUUGGCAACGCACAUGGUUCAACAUAGCACAGAGCUUCCUUUCAAAUGCCAAAUAUGCUUUAAGACAUUCAUUCGAAAAAAAAAUUUGAAAAUUCACAUGCCUAUUCAUACAGGAGAGCGCCCUUUCAAAUGUGCAAUAUGCAAUAAGACAUUCAUUCGAAAAAGAGGUUUGAAAAAUCACAUGUUUGUUCAUACAGAACAGCGCCCUUUCAAAUGUGAAAUAUGUUAUAAAACAUUUGCUCAAUCAUAUACUCUGAAAACCCACAUGAUCACUCAUUCCAAUGAGCGACCUUUCAAAUGUGACAUAUGCAAUCAGACAUUUCCACAAAAAUCUAAUCUGAAAUCACACAUGGUCACUCAUACCACAGACCGUCCUUUCAAAUGUGAAAUGUGUGAUCAGACAUUUCCACGAAAAUGUAGUGUGAGACUACACAUGAUGACUCAUACCAAAGACCGUCCGUUCAAAUGUGAAAUAUGCCAUCAGACAUUCACACGAAAAUAUCAUAUGGAAUCCCACAUGCUCACUCAUACCAGAGAGCGACCUUUCAAAUGUGAAAUUUGCAAUAAGACAUUUCUACAAGAAUUUAGUCUGAAAUCACACAUGGUCACUCAUACCAAAGAUCAUCCUUUCAAAUGUGAUAUAUGUAAUCAGGCAUUUGCAAGAAAAUAUAAUUUAAAAAAUCAUAUGAUCACUCAUACCAAAGAUCGUCCUUUCAAAUGUGAUAUAUGUAAUCAGGCAUUCGCAAGAAAAAAUAAUUUAAAAAAUCACAUGAUCACUCAUACCAAAGAGCGUGCUUUCAAAUGUGCAAUAUGCAGUAAAACAUUUACACAAUCGGACUACUUGACAACGCACAUGCGUAUUCAUACAGGAAAAGGCCUUUUCAAAUGUGAUACAUGCAAUAAGGAUUUUGUGCGAAAGAGCACCUUGAGGAGACACAAGUUGAAUAUUCAUAGUGGGGAACAUGAUGAAGAUCAAUGA